AUGGCUUACAGAUCACCAUAUGCUGCCUCUCGGCAGAAGUCUUGUGUUGCAUGCGCUAGAGGGAAGCGACGCUGUGAUCGCCAAACUCCGCAGUGCUCGCGAUGUCUCGCGCAGGGGCUAGAAUGUACUUACCUGGGUAUACGGUCUCCGAGGCACCGGAAGGAAUCCUCAGCACCACAUCCAGAAUCAGUUCAUGCCUUCGACGACAUUCUAUCUUUCUGGCCGUUAGAUGACUCUCUAUUCAACCAUGCGAGCAUGCCCCCUCCAUCGAUUAUUCCCAGCCCUUCUCUCAUCACCGCCCCAUCUUUACUCCCCGCAGGCUUUUUCCCAGAAACCGCCGUAUUAGACAGGUGGUCAAUCAAUCAGCUGCUGCAAAAUAUUAAAAGCUACCCGCGGGUGUUUGGCUGCUCUCGAAAAACCCCCUUUAUUCAUCAGCGCCUCUACGACGUAUAUUUACCCGCCUGUAUCCAAGAUGCCUUCGCAGUCUCGGCAGCCUACUGCACCAAGACAUCCGCAACAGAGGAUAUGGUAUUCCGCACAAUCGAAAGUAAGGUCGGGCUCCUCGUGGAGCAGGAUUACAAAGAAGCAAAUCUGCAGGAGCUCCUCGCAGCAUUGCAGGCACUUAUACUGUUUCAUAUCAUCCAACUCUUUGACGGUGACGUCCGCCAGCGGUCAUUGGCAGAACAGAAUAUGGAUAUCUUGCGAGCGUGGACCGUUCAGUUGAAAGUCCGAGCCACAGAACUGCCCCUUCCGUUCACAUGGCAAGAAUGGAUAUUCGAAGAGAGUGUCCGAAGGACGGUCAUAUUUUCCUUGAUGCUCGACGGCUUAUUUUCGACGCUGAAGAAGGGGUACUGUUCGAACGUCAAAGGGCUGAGCAUACUGCCCUUUGCAUCCAAGACUUCACUAUGGGAGGCUGGUACAGCUGCAUCGUGGCUUGCUGAGUCGCAUUGCUUGGCAUCCGACAACGUACUCUAUGGCGAUUUUGUAAUGUCUUGGGAGAGGGGACGAGUCACCGAGCCACUGGAUGACUUCCAAAAACUAUUACUGACACCUUGUCUGGGAGAGACAUAUAGAGAAGUGCUAGAACUAGAGUAG